CAGAAAGUAACCAGCAGAAAGUUCUAGCUCAUUUAUUUUUAGUCAAUUUGUGUUUUGUGGUGUUAAUGAUUCAUGGCGAGGGGGCAGGAAAAGGAAAAACAGACUCCAGUAACCAGCUCAACACAGACAAGAUGUUUGGAAAAAAGCAGACAGAAAACGGGGAAAGGAACGGCAAGAGAGAGAAAGUGUCACAAUGUUUGUAAUUCCUCCCUUGUAAUUAAGAAGGCAGACUUAAUUUAACAGUAAACCAAGGAAGUGCUGACUCACGUCACUGGAAACUUUGGACAAUUAAGUACAGACAAACAUAACCUCCCCUUCAGAGGCGAACAGUCACGUCUCUGCUGAUGUCACUGUCAACAGUGGCAUAUGACUUCCAGAGACGUCCACUUCCAGAGGGGAUAUCUUCUUAACUUUAUAUCAGACUUCUACCCAUUUAUUGAAAAGCACCAGGUGGUACAUCUGUGAGCUCCCGCAGGAAGCGUCCGUCACGGUACAAGAGGUCGAGCACUAAAUGGACAACAGCUCGGGGGAAGUGUUUCAACUAUCUCUCAUGACGUAUACUCAACUGGGACACAUUUCCCUGGACUAAGGACACGAAAAAAACCUUUGCUAAGCUUCUGUCCUUCUGGAACAUUCAGAAUUGAAACCGAAGGAACACUUUAUACAGAAAUGUGCUGAAAAUGAGAGGUGUGCACUUGAACAAUGCCUCCUCUUUCAGAAUGAGGACGGUCAUCUGAUUUGGAAUGCUGAUAUAUCUGAUAAGCAUGCAUAUCUGAGCUGGAGGCUCACUGUUGCACAUCACAGAGAGAGAGAGAGAUCCUCUCUUCGCCGCUGCACUAAGCCUUACCUGCAGACAGGAGAGUGAGAGAGAGGGAGGGAGGAGGAAGAGCAAAGGGAAAGGAACAUCCAGUCCUAGACUAAACAAGUUUGUAAAACAUGAGCAAAAGGGAUUUAGGUUCAUUGAGGACAAUCGUUUGGUGCCCGUUUCAGGAUUGCUACUGAGGUCAGGAUAGCGGAAGCGUGUCCCGACGGAUGAAAGAAAAGAUGCCUGAAAACAAGCAGACAAUCCAGCAGACUGGAAGCUAUCUGACUCACUCCGCUUACAGGAAGAUAAAAAGGGUGCUGAGCUUCAGAAGACGUGUGUUUGGUCAAAGGUUGGAGGAGACGGUCCUGUAUGAGAGGAGGUAUGGGGAUCACAUGGCUCCUCUGGUGGUAGAGCAGUGUGUCCAUUUUAUCCGAGAGCAUGGGCUCACAGAGGUGGGACUCUUCAGGCAGCCGGGCCAGGCUACGCUGGUUAAAGAGCUGCAGGAAGCUUUUGAUGCUGGAGAGAAGCCAUCUUUUGACAGCAGCACAGAUGUCCACACAGUGGCAUCUUUGCUGAAGCUAUACCUCAGGGAGCUGCCUGAACCUCUGGUGCCAUUUUCCCGCUAUGAGGAGUUUCUUAUAUGUGGCAAAAGAAUCCCCUCAGACAGAGAAAAGGGUUUGCAAGAUUUGAAGAGUCUCCUUUAUGAGCUGCCUGUAGCAAACUUCAACCUCCUGAAAUACAUCUGCCAAUUCUUAAACGAUGUCCAAUCAUACUCCAAUGUCAACAAGAUGAGUAUCCAGAACUUGGCGACUGUUUUCGGGCCAAAUAUUCUCCGGCCUAAAGCAGAGGACCCAGAAAGCAUCAUUGGAGGGGCAGCAGUUGUGCAACAUCUAAUGUCUGAACUGAUCCGUGAGCACAGCUUGCUCUUCUCCAGAGAGAACUGCAACCCUCCUGAAACAUCUUUGCAAGCCGUCCACCAAAAACAAAGACACAGUAACCUUGUGGAAUGGGUGCAUGAACCACCUUCCCACCAGAGGGAGCCUUUGCUUGGCGAAGAUCACGUGACCCUUCCAGAUCAGACUCCAGCCUGUCCACGUGUAAACUCUCUACCACUAACCACAGAGAGGAGAGGGUAUUUUCAAAGCCCUUGUGAGAAAAACAUUAGCCAUCAUCUUUCGGACACAGAGACACAGAUUGAAGAUGACUCUUCACCAACCAGCUCUACUCUGAUUUAUGACAACCACAGUCAACACAGCUCAGCACAAGAAUGUCUCCAUAAAAGACAUGUACCUACACCCUCCACCCCACCACCUGCCUGCCCUUCUAAGACCAAAGUGCUGGAAGCUGGAGUUGAAAUUUGUGUGCAGUCAAGGAGCUGGCCUGACAUAGAAGAACCCAGAUGGAGUCCAGAGAGAGCGCUUGGGGAGAGUGGAGGCAGCAGUGAAGUCCAAGAUAGUACCUUAUCUGUCUAUGACAACAUAGUAACUGAGGAGCGAUAUACAGAAGACAAGGAGGCCAAAGGUACUGCCAGCAUGGCUGAGAGCAGCAGCUCUUGGUCCUCCUGUGAGAUUGCACCUUUGGAAGGGGGCAGUGGUGGUGGAGCUGCAAGCCCAUGCCAUGGUUCUCCAGCACAGUUCCCCUCAUUCAGAAUGGACUCUGGUGAAGACGAUCUUCGCCCUAACUCCCCUGCCUCAUCAUCUGCUCCCACAGAUGCCCCUUUAAGCACCGGCAGCAGUGAAGUCUUUUUGCCAAGUGCUCCCCAAGAGCCCUUAGGUUUUCCAGCAUCGCAUGCCAUGCAGUGCCUCGUUGCGGGACUUCGUCAACAGAUGACCAGGCAAAAGGCAGAGUAUGAAGCAAAAUUGAACAGGCUGGAGCAGAGGAACACGGUACUUCAGGGGGAAGUUGCAGGGCUCCGCUCAACUCUGGAGCAGCAGCGACGCUGGGUCAGCGUGGCCGAGAUCAAGAUGCGAAAUGUGGAGCGAGCCCGUGCAGACGCUGACAGACGGAACGCCACUCUGCAACAGGAGAUGGAGCAGUUCUUUGAAACAUUCGGCGAGCUUAAAGCGGAGGCCCAGAAAACCAGUCGCAUUGUUCAGAGUUUUUGAAUUCACACGCUGUGCAACAGAUACAAGCUUAGCAGCAUAUGAAAGGUUUCAAUGUUUAGGGCAGUGUUUUCCAACUGUGGUCCUGGAGUACCCCUUUGGAUAUCUUCCUCUGAUACCCCCAUUUCAGAAAGAAGUUUCACAAACCAGCUGCUGAGUUUAAUUACGGAGACAUGUGUAAUGUUGGAAGUACUCCAAGAUCAGGUUUAGAAACACCGGUUUCAGAGUAAUAACAGUGUUAAAAACAGGAUUUCAGGGCUGUAUAAAUGAGGGUGCAUUCCUGAGGGAAACCGUUGCCCCACUUUGACAUUUAUUCAUUUAGCUGACGCUUUUAUCCAAAGCGACUUACAAUUGCUAUAUGUGUCAGAGGUCGCACGCCUCUGGAGCAACUAGGGGUUAAGUGUCUUGCUCAGGGACACAUUGGUGUCUCACAGUGGAUUCGAACCCGGGUCUCUCACACCAAAGGCAUGUGUCUUAUCCAUUGUGCCAUCACCACCCACACUUUUAAGUACAGUUCUGUUGCCUGAACGACUGUAUGGACCAGCAUGUUCAAAAUAAUAUUAUAGACAAUUUUUUUGCCAUUUAAGUGUUCAGACAAUGGAAUGGACCCAAAAGUAGGAUAGAGUUUCAUGAUGUAGACAUCAUGGUCUGAGCAUGGAUGCCAUAUUUGAGAAAAGAGAUUCUAAUGAAAAUUUGUCCCUAGGGAUACUUUACGAUAAAUGAGCUCAGACUUAAGAAGUCUCUGCCCUGGCUUGGGGUCAAUAUGCAUUAUGUAAUGGAGUAAGACACUCAUACCUUGUACAAAAGCUCUUCAUACACUGAAUUUAGUUGUACCAUAUGAAAUAAAAAUGGAAAAGAAAUAAAGACAUCAAACUACUUUAGUUUGAGAUUUUUAUUUGGACAGGCGUAACACAUGGUUCUUUUUUUCUUUUCGUAGAGAAAAGAGGUCUCGCUCUAUUAUUGUAGACAGAGAAUCGCAUUUAAGUUUUGCAUAUGCUUCAGAUAGGUUUGUGAUUUGGGUAAUUCCCACCAUAACCCACUGCAGCACAACAAUACAAAACACAUGAAAACUAAACAGACACUACUAGCACAGAGCAGUUAGAUAUUAAUUCCUUUUCCAGGAUUUGAUUGAGAAGAUUGAUGAUGACAAUCAUGAGAACUAUUUUCUUAGGAAGAUAUUCUGAGAAGUAAGUUUCCAAGAAGUCAAUAAUUCUUCAAGUCAUUACAGAUUCCACCUCUAGUGAUAGAUUGUCAGUGACAAAAAAAAAACCCACACACACCCUCUCCCACAAGGGAAACAGACACCUAAAAGAAGAGCCCUUGAGAAUGUGUGAGCCAGCUUUGUUCAGAGUCUCUAUAUGACACGAAGGUCCAUCAUUGAGUCCACAACAGCGAAACUAAUGUGCAUGAGGCUCCAAAAUGAAAAUGGCACACAAUGCACUAUUGCAUUGUUGUAACACAUGAUCACUUUCAGGUGAAGUAAGGUGAAGCACCAAAUGAGGUCUUGUGGCAUGGUAGCAAACAUUCCUGACUGCUGAAAAAGAAACAAAACCUGAUUGCAGGCACAUUACUGUCCAUCAUUUUGUGAUCUCCAGGCCAAGCUGUAGCGAUGGUGUUAGUGAGAUGCUUAAAGGCAUGAUUGUUACGGUGAAGCUAAGUUCAUCCUCCAGACCUGUCCAUCAGUGAAAGUUCUACAUUCAUGUUUCAGUCCAUCAGAAGAGCUUGGGAGGACCAAAAAUACACUCAAAAUGUCCUUCUGAGGCUCUCAAUUUAGUCUUCUCCAACAAAAGGACAGCUUUCGCCAAUGUCCUCAAGUUUUAAAUGAAGAGGGCUCGUGUUUUCAUGCAUAACAAUGAAUUUAGGGUACAGGACACAUCAUAGAGUCUACAACAUUUGAACUGAA